CCCAUAUUUAUGUUGACGUUCCUGAGCUCGCGUUGCACUCUGGGAGGUUUGUCCUCUUUAGAUGUCAUUCGGCUUUAUUUGAGAAAUAAGAGAAAAUCAGUAUGACUGGAUACUCAGCGGAUGAAAAACUCCGCUUUGAGCAGUUAACAAAGCUUCGGCGGCAGUGGCUCAAAGAUCAGGAGCUUAGUCCUCGAGAACCCACCGUUGCACCCAAAACACCCGGCCGCAUCGAUUUGUCUUAUCUUCUUUUUAUGCGGAUGAACCAGACAUUUAAAGCCUAUAAUGCCAGUGUUUUUGCUGUCACGCGGAUUCUGAUCCCAGCCUGGAUUGUGCAUUACUACGUGAAGUACCACGUCAGUAAAAUGCCAUAUGGAAUUGUUGCUCUUAAACCCAGACUGUUUCCUGGAGACACCAUUUUGGAAACAGGAGAAGUUGUCCCAGAUCUUCCUGAAGCAGACAGUCAUGGUCAUCAUUAAAGAUGCCAGUGUAUAUUCAGUAUAGACAUACCUGUUAGCACUGGUUGAAAAAACAUGCUUGUGUGUAUACUAUGUCAAUAAAAUUUAUUAUACAGAU